AUGGCAGAUCCUCUGAGUAUCACUGCUUCGGUACUGGCUGUAAUUAACGCUGCCGUUCUAUCCACCAAAUCACUCUAUGAAGCAAUUUCACGCUUCAAAGUUCGCGACAAAACCUUACGGAGGCUUCAAAGCGAGCUUCAAGAUCUCACCAGAAUUCUAGACUCACUGAAGCAAGUCGCUGAUGCGGAAGCGGCCAUGCUGGAGCUCCUCCAGGGUCCAAUUGACCGCUGCAGCCAAGUCUGCCACGAGUUUGAAGAAUCGAUGGAAUCGUUCUGGCGAAAAUCAAAGACGGGCAUUCGGGAUUGGACAAAAAUGGAAUUCAUGAGAGGAGAUAUCAACGAAUUUAUAGACAUAAUAUCUGGUUACAAAUCCACGAUUUCAGUCGGUUUAGGCACCAUCACCAUACAUACCGCCAAAGUAUCUCAGCAAGUUCUUAAAGAUUACAACGAGAUGAUACAAGACACAGUGUAUAAUCUUGAGGUUCAUCUGCACCGGAUCGAUGAGAAAAUGGCGCGAUUUGCUAUGGACGAGAUAAGCGCCUCCGACUCAAGCAUCGGCCUGAAAGACGAAAAAGAAGUCACCCAACAAUGUCUUCGUAUUUGUGAAGAUGCGCGGUCUUAUAUUGAAUCUUUGAGCAACCGAGAAUCGUCCCUUCUACAAGAAGGGCCGCAAAACGUGAAUGAUGAUGGGCAAAGUUACUUCGAGGCGCAGCUGCUCACACGUCAAGCUCUAGAUAAGAAUCGAAAUAGCUUCGCAGCGAUUAUCGAUCAACUUCGGACUCGCUUAGAGUCCCUAGUUUUGAAAAAUGACCCUGGUGAUGAAAAUGAGAGAUCUCGUUUACUAAACGAUAUCAAUACCUCGAAGCAGUGCUUAGAGGUGUGCAAGGUGGCAAGUGAAGUUUCCACCCAGAAAAUAUACCGAAUUGGGGAGGUGAUUGCCGAUGGCGAAAGCGAUCAAGUAGUGGUGACUACUUUGGCCGAUCUGUUCGAUAUCAAGAAAGCGCUAUCCCAGGGCAACUCGGCACAGUUGGUUGGCUCAAUGUCGGAAGAUGCAUUGCUGCAUCUGGCCGAAAAGCGUUAUGCCAGUCGGUUUGGAGCACUUCCCCAAAAGCCCGGCUAUAUUGAAGCUGUUAGCACCAGAGUGCCUUUAGUCAACCAGACCACAAACGAUGGGCAUGCUUUUCCAACGCAAACUGCUUAUGACGAACAGUGUCCUGGACCAAGAACAAGUCCCAAUAGGCCGUCUUCGAACGAAGUGAGAAAACGGUCUACUCGGGAUGAAAUGGGAAAAAGCGCAUGUCAAUGA